ACCUGCUCCGAUUAAACCCUAAUUUACUAAUCUACAAAGGAAAUGUUUACUUGCAAUUUCUGUGGCAAUUUGGCUAAAACAUUAAGACUUUAUUUACUUCAUUGUAAGCUACAUCGAAAUGAGCCGCGAUGUUUAUUUAAAUGCGCUGCUGCUGGUUGCAAAGACACGUUCUUGCGUUAUGAAGCGUUGAAGGCUCAUUUUUAUCGGAAACACAACACCUCUGGUCCUAGUAGCGUCGGAACGGUUGUUACCGACUUUAAAUGCUCGUUGGCAUUGUGUGACCACCAGUGUCAAACUACUAAGGCUCUAAUAGCUCACUUGAAGCAUCAUAUUGUGGAAGGGCGUGUUGUGAAUUGUCCUUUCAGAGGAUGCAAAAAAGUUUUUCAUGUGAAGUCCUCGUUUACUGCCCACAUUUCCCGGAAACACAGAGAUCUUGCAGAUAAUAUCCAUGACUCAUACAAAUGUUCUGGUUCUCAGUCAUUAUCUGUUCACAAUGAUCCAGAUAACAUCGAGUCGCAAGGAAAUGAGAUUAUUUUACAGACAGCUCCAAAUGAAAGUGAUAAUGAUAUUACUGAGGAUUUCAGUGAUCUUUUUUUUAGAAAUGUCUCUCUAUUUUACUUGAAAUUGCAAGGGCAGUUUCUAUUACCAGCUUCAACCAUCCAGAAUAUUGUUGAGGAGAUACAAAAUAUACACGAGUUGGGCCAGACAUACUGUUUGAGCAAACUUUGGUCACUGCUAAAAAAUGAGACACCAUUAUCAGAUGAAGACAUCACCAACAUUUGUGAGUCUGUCAAGGGAUCUGAUCUAUUCUCUAUAUGCCAUACUGGGCCGAUGAGGACAGCACACUCAAGAGUGCAAACCUUCAAAAAAAACUUCAACUAUGUUGAGCCUAAGAAAAUAUUUUUAGGAAGAGAUGAAAACAGAACAGAUAGGUUUGCCUACUAUGUUCCUCUGAGGAAGACUUUGAAAUGUUUGUUGGAGUCUGAUCUGUGGAAGAAAUCAAGGCAGCACACGUCUGAGUCUCCUUCAGACAUUUUAAGUGACAUUAAUGAUGGUCAGAUAUACAAAUUCAACAACUUUUUUGUGGAGAAUCCAUCAUGUCUCAAGCUAAUACUGUACCAAGAUGCAUUUGAAGUGGUUAAUCCUUUAGGCUCAGCAAAGACGAGACAUAAGAUAUUAGCCGUGUAUGUGUCUGUUGCCAACUUGCCACUUCAUGUACGGUCUGACACAGACCACAUGUCACUGGUUUUAUUGUGCAAGGAAAAAGAUUUCAAGGAAUUUGGGCAUUCUAAAGUUCUUUCUGAGUUACUAGAAGACCUGAGGCUGUUGGAGGAAAAUGGGAUUGUAAUGGUUGAUGAAACGGUAGUUAAAGGAACUGUAUUUUGCAUUGCUGGAGAUAAUCUAGGCUCACAUUGCAUUGGUGGGUUCUCUGAAAAUUUCAGUCGCACACAGCAUUUCUGCAGAUACUGCUUAAUAACCCGAUCAGAAUUUCAGGGUGAGGACCCAAAUGUGUGUGGACCACUCCGCACUAUUGACAGGUACAACUCUGCUCUUGAUGAACUCCAGACAGCUGAGGAACCGGACGUAGAAGGUGUAAAGUUCAGAUAUGGAUGAUGACUCCCGAAGCCUCACACGCAGGGUUAUUUAUGAGGGGUUGGCAGAUCUCCCAGUCUCAACUCUACAGACUUUGGAGGACACACUAGAAUCUUUGGGGGUGGAGACCAAUGAAGAUUUUCAGUAUAUUAAUGAAAAUGAUCUGAGAUCUGUACUAACACCAAUUCAAGCAAGGAAGUUACUGAAAGCUUCGAAACAAACCACACAGACCAGUGGAAUUUCCAGUGAGCCAUCUCUGUCGUUGUCAUCUCCUUCUACAACCAGCACAUCGUCUGCCUCUUCAUUUUCUAUACAUUCCACGCCAGUAGAUUGGGUUGACACUUUUCAAAUUCCUUGGAACAGGUUUCCAGAGAACUUGAUUGAGUGUUUUGAGAAUGAGGCAAGGCCGAAACCCCACCUUCGAAGAGAAAUGAUUCGGAUUGUUGUUGCUUCAAUGAUGGAGGUGUGUGCUUCUCCUCGCAAGCAAGAAACCACAGAAGUGGCGAAAAAAUUGAUAGCAAAAUAUCCACUUUCACUCCAAGAUAUUAUUGAAGGUGAUAUAGUGGGCCCAGGGUAUUAUUCACUCGUCAAGCAACUACAAAAUCGUAUAGAAAAUUUGAGACGGGUUUCAAAACCAAAAAUAAGGAAGCGUAAAAAACAUGUUAGAUGAAGAUGGCACAGUCCCACCAGAGCAAAAUGCAGCUGUUCAGGACAUUUACGGUUGUAUAAAGUGGGACAUGGAAGUCAUGCCAAUCCAGGAGACAGCAGAGACACA